AAAAGGAGUUUUUAUAAUUACUUUUAAUAGUUGAGAUUUUAUGUAAUAAUACAAACUUAAGUUGUAGUUUAAAUUAAUAUAAACAUGUAUGCAUAUAUACAUAUUUAUAAUCUUAAUUGAUAACGCAUUAAAAUGAAUACUAGUUUGGGACAAGAAUAUUUGAAGUCCCUAAAAUUUGGUUAACUUUGGACCCAAUUGCUUCACGUCAUUGUUGAAUCCUUCACAUGGAGGCAUAUUACUAUUUUGAGAUACUUAAAUUCUCUCGAAUUGAUGUAUAGCUUUCAAAUUAUUAAUCCACCCAAAAAUUCCAUCAUCUCUAUCAUCACAUCUUUCAUUAUUUGCAACUUGACCAACUCCAUAUAUAAGUUAGAGGUUCACACACACACACACACAUAACUUCCUAUAAUUCUUCUCCUCCAAAAAAACAAGCUAUUAACAAUGAGCACUCAACAUUUUCUCCUCAAAAUCACAACACUAAUUUACUUCUUAAUCAUUCUCCAACCAACCCUAAUCUUUGCAAAUUGUACAUGUGAACCCCGAGACAACAAAUACAAUCAUCAAGCCAAACACAAAGCCUUAUCCUACAAACUAAUAGCCAUAUCUUCAAUCCUUUGUGCAAGUGCACUUGGUGUCAUCCUCCCAAUCCUCUUAAAAAACUUCAAAUCUUUGCAAAAAAACGACUAUUCAUCCCUCCAUUUCUUGAUCAAGGCGUUCGCGGCCGGCGUGAUCCUAGCCACGGGGUUUAUACACAUUCUUCCUGAUGCAUUCGAGAGCUUGACUAGCCCUUGCCUUAGUAAAGAAAUAUGGGGGAGUUUUCCGUUUGCUGGUUUUUUUGCAAUGAUGUCUACUGUAUUUACUUUGAUGCUGGAGUCACUUGCUUCUGGUUAUCAUAGUAGAGCUGGACUGAGAAAAGCUCAGCCAGUCAAUAUUGGAGAUGAUGAUGAUCAUGAAGAAAAUGAUGGUAGACAUGGACAAGGACAAGGACAUGAUGGUCCACAAAUUAUGCUUGAAAGAUCCAAUUCUUCAAGUCUUAUUCGACACAGGUUAAUAUCACAGGUUUUGGAGUUGGGAAUUUUGGUUCAUUCUGUGAUUAUUGGCAUUUCCCUUGGAACUACAGAAAAUCCAAAAACAAUCAAACCUUUAAUAAUUGCUUUGAGUUUUCAUCAAUUUUUUGAAGGCAUGGGACUUGGUGGCUGCAUCUCCCAGGCAAAGUACAAGGCUAAAACAAUCACAAUUAUGGUGCUGUUCUUCACUCUUACAACUCCAACUGGAAUAGCUAUUGGAAUGAUGAUAACAAAAGGUUACAAUGAUCAAAGCUCAGCAGCAUUGAUUGUGCAAGGAGUUCUUAAUUCAGCAUCAGCUGGGAUUCUAAUUUACAUGGCACUUGUAGAUCUUCUUGCAACUGAUUUUAUGGACCCCAAAUUACACACAAGUUUCAAACUACAAGUGAUUGUCAAUGUAUCACUUGUCUUGGGAGCUUGUUGUAUGUCAUUAUUGGCAAAAUGGGGUGGGACAUAAUUUCAUAUACAACUAUAUUCCUAGCUAAAAUAUGUUAGUAUGGAGUACUAGUUUUUAGUUUCGCAAGAUUUUGACCAGAUAUUAUUUUAUUAGUAUAUCAACUUAUGUCAUCCCUUUGUGGUAUGAUUCCAUGAUUGUAAAAUAUUGAUCUUUUUGCACUUUUGCA